AUGCUUGUCUUUGGCACUGGUCUUUUAUUCUAUGUUAGUAGUUGGUUCUUCCUCUUAUUCUAUGUCUUUGUCAACCCCAUUUCUUUCUGUUUUCCUAUGUCUGUCUUUUGCUGCCGUGUCUCACUUCUCUGUCUGUUUUUGGCUUCCCCUCCGUAUUUUUGUCUGUCUUUUUGUUCUUCUUUUCUAUCUUUGUUCCUCUAUGGCUCCUGCCUCUCUACGUCAGACUCUCGUUGGCUCCUCCACACAUUUUUAUCUUUACCUUCUGCGUGUCUAUUUCUCUUUGUCUAUUGUUCAACCGUCUCCAACUUUGUCUCUCUUUGGCUAACCCGUUCCUAUCUCUGUUUGUCUUUGGCUACGCCGUCUCUAUCUCUGCCCCUCUUUGACUCAUCCAUCUCUAUUUCCGUCUUUGUUUGUCCGCACCCAGUUAUAUUUCUAUUUGACCGUGGCUCUCUGUCCGUCUUCGAUUUAAUACCCUCUAUUACUCCUGUCCAUCUCUUUGCCUUGCCCGCCUCUAUCUCUGUCUAUAUUAGCCUGUUCAUCUAUUUGUCUUCCCAACCUCUAUCUCUGUCUGGCUUAAACCUGUCCAUCACAUUGUUUUCCCUACCUCUACCUCUGUCUCCUGCAUUCUCUUUUGCUCCACCGCCUCUAUGUAUAUCUGUCAUUAGCCUGUCUAUCUCUUUGGCUUUCCCGCCUCUAUCAAUGUCUUUAUACUGUCCAUCUCUUUGGCCACUCUGCCUCUAUCUAUGUGUGAUUUUACCCUGUCCAUGUAUUUGCCGCCUCUGCCUCUAUCUCUGUCUGUCUUUAACCUAUCCAUCUCAUUGGCUUCCCUGCCUCUAUAUCUGUCAGUCUUUAGCCUGUCCAUCUGUUUGGCUCCCCCGACACUAUCUCUAUGCGUCCUCAGCCUGUCCAUCUCCUUGUCUUCCCGCAUCUCUGUCUGUCUUGAGCCUGUCCGUCUCUAUGGCUCCACCGCCUCUAUCUCUGUCUGUCAUUAGCCUAUCCAUCUCUUUGGCUUCCCACCCUUCCUCGCAUUUAUCUCAACUGUCCAUAUCUUUGACCACCCUUAUCUAUCUCUGGCGGACUUUAGCCUGUCCAUCAAUUUGGUUCCCCCGCUUCAAUCUCUGUCUGUCUUUAGCUUGUCCAUCUCUUUGGCUCACCCUCAUCAAUCUCUAUCUCUAUUUAGCUUGUCCAUCUCUUUGGCUUCAAUCUAUAUCUGUAGCCUCCUGUCCAUCUUUUUGGCACCUCCACCUCAAUCUCAGUCUGUAUUUUGCCUGUCCAUCUCUUUGCCCCCCACCGCCUCGCAUUUAUCUUUGUCAGUCUUUAGCCUGUCCAUCGUUUUGUCUCCCCCUCCACAAUCUCUAUCUGUCUUUAGCCUGUUCAUAUCUUUGCACCCCCACCCUCGCCUCUAUCUCUGUCUUUAGCCUGUCCAUCUCUUUGUCUCCUCCGAAUCUAUCUAUGUCUGUCUUUGACAUAUCCAUAUCUUUGGUUUCCCUGCCUCUAUAUCUGUAUGUCUUUAUCCUGUACAUCUCUUUGGCUCCCCCUCAUCUAUCUUUACAUGAUGUCCAUCACUUUAUCUUCCCCGCCUCUAUCUCUAGCCCAAUACAUCUCUAUGCCUUCCCCGCCUCUAUCUCUAUCUUUAGCCUGUCCUUCUCUUUGGCCCCUCCGCCUCUAUCUCUGUCUGUAAUUUUGCGCGACUUUCUUUUUGCCCCCUACGCAUUUAUCUUUCCUAUUCAUCUCUUUGGCCCCUCCACCUCUAUAUCUAUCUAUCCAUAUCUUUGUCUCCUUCCGCAUCUAUCUCUGUCCGUCUUUAGCCUCUCCUUCUUUUUGGCUCCCGCAACUCUAUCCCUGUCUUUAGCCUCUUGUCUUUCUCUUUGGCCCCAUUUGCAUAUAUCUUUGUCUGUCUUUAGCCUGUCCAUCUCUUUGGCAUUCCCGCCUCUAUCUCUGUCUGUCAUUAGCCCGUCCAUCUCUUUGGCUUUCUCGCCUCAAAUUCCUGUCCAUCUCUUUGCCUUCCCCGCCUCUAUCUCUGUCUUUAGCCUGUCCAUCUCUUUGCCUUCCCCGCCUCUAUCUCUGUCUUUAGCCUGUCCAUCUCUUUGCCUCCCCCCUCUAUCUCUGUCUUUAGCCUGUCCAUCUCUUUGCCUUCCCCCGCUCUAUCUGUCUUUAGCCUCCUGUCCAUCUCUUUGCCUUCCCCGCCUCUAUCUCUGUCUUUUAGCUGUCUUCUUUAGCCUGUCUCUCUUUCUCUGCCUCCCUCUCUUUGCCUUCCCCGCUAUCUCUGUCUUUAGCCUGUCCAUCUCUUUGCCUGUCCAUCUCUUUGCCUUCCCCGCCUCUAUCUCUGUCUUUAGUCUGUCCAUGUCAUUGCCUUCCCCACCUCUAUCUCUGUCCUCUCUUGCCUUCCCCUCUAUCUCUGUCUUUAGCCUCCUGUCCCUCUUUGCCUUCCCCGCCUCUAUCUCUGUCUUUAGCCUGUCCAUCUCUUUGCCUCCCCAGCCUCUAUCUCUGUCUUUAGCCUGUCCCUCUUUGCCUUCCCCCUCCUCUAUCUCUGUCUUUAGCCUGUCCAUCUCUUUGCCUUCCCCGCCUCUAUCUCUGUCUUUAGCCUCCUGUCUAUCUCUUUUUCCCCCUCCGCUCUAUCUCUGUCUUUUAGCCUGUCUCUUUUGCCUCCCUUCCUCUAUCUCUGUCUUUAGCCUCCUGUCCAUCUCUUUGCCUUCCCCCAUUCCUCUAUCUCUGUCUUUAGCCUGUCCAUCUCUUUGCCUUUCCCCCAAGCCUCUAUCUCUGUCUUUAGCCUGUCCAUCUCUUUGCCAUUCCCUUCCUCUCUGUCUGUCUUUUAGCCUGUCCAUCUCUUCGGCCUUCUCGCCUCCUCUAUCUCUGUCUUUAGCCUGUCCAUCUUUUUGCCUUCCCCACCUCUAUCUCUCCUGUCCAUCUCUUUGCCUUCCCCCGCUCUAUCUCUGUCUUUUUGCCUCUCUGUCUUUAGCCUGUCCAUCUCUUUUUGCCUUCCCGCCUCUCUCUGUCUUUAUCCUGUCCAUCUCUUUUGGCUCCCCCACCUCUAUCUCUGUCUUUAGCCUGUCCAUCUCUUUGCCUUCCCCACCUCUAUCUCUGUCUUUAGCCUGUCCAUCUUGCCUUCCUGGCCUCUAUCUCUCCUGUCCAUCUUUUGCCUUCCCUGCUCUAUCUCUGUCUUUAGCCUGUCCAUCUCUUUUUGCCUUCCCCCCGUCUAUCUCUGUCUUUAUGUCCAUCUCUUUGCCUUCCCCCGCCUCUAUCUCUGUCUUUAGCCUCCUGUCCAUCUCUUUGCCUUCCCCGCCUCUAUCUCUGUCUUUAGCCUGUCCAUCUCUUUGCCUCCCUCCGCCUCUAUCUCUGUCUUUAGACUGUCCAUCUCUUUGCCUUCCCCGCCUCUAUCUCUGUAUUAGCCUGUCCAUCUCUUUGCCUUCCCCACCUCUAUCUCUGUCUUUAGCCUGUCCAUCUCUUUGCCUUCCCCACUCUAUAUCUCUGUCUUUAGCCUGUCCAUCUCUUUUGCCUUCCCCGCCUCUAUCUCUCCUGUCCAUCUCUUUGCCAUCCCCGCCUCUAUCUCUGUCUUUUAGCCUGUCCAUCUCUUUUGCCUUCCCCGCCUCUAUCUCUGUCUUUAGCCUGUCCAUCUCUUUGCCUUCCCCCCAGCCUCUAUUGUCUUUCCUGUCCAUCUCUUUGCCUUCAGCCUCUAUCUCUGUCUUUAGCCUGUCCAUCUCUUUUUUGCCUUCCCCAUACUCUAUCUCUACUGUUCAUCUCUUUGCCUCCCUCCGGCCUCUAUCUCUGUCUUUAGCCUGUCCAUCUCUUUGCCUUCCCCCCUCUAUCUCUGUCUUUAGCCUGUCCAUCUCAUUGCCUUCCCUCUCUCUCUCUCCUGUCCAUCUUUUUGCCUUCCACGCCUCUAUCUCUGUCUUUAGCCUGUCCAUCUCUUUGCCUUCCCCGCCUCUAUCUCUGUCUUUAGCCUCCAUCUCUUUGCCUUCCCUCCGCUCUAUCUCUCCUGUCCAUCUCUUUGCCUUCAACGCCUCUAUCUCUGUCUUUAGCCUGUCCAUCUCUUUGCCUUCCACGCCUCUAUCUCUGUCUUUAGCCUGUCCAUCUUUUGCCUUCCCCUGCCUCUAUCUCUGUCUUUUAGCCUGUCCAUCUCUUUGCCUCCUCCCUCCUCUGUCUUUGGCUCUAUCUCUCUCUUUUUGCCUUCCUACUGUCCAUCUCUUUGCCUCCUCCGCCUCCUCUCUGUCUUUAGCCUGUCCAUCUCUUUGCUCUAUCUCUGUCUUUAGCCUGUCCAUCUCUUUGCCUUCCCCGCCUCCUCUGUCUUUAGUCCUCUCUUUUGCUCCAUCUAUCAUUUUAGCCUCCCUCUUUUCCCUGCCUCUAUCUCUGUCUCCUGUCCAUCUCUUUUUGCCUUCCCCACCCUCUAUCUCUGUCUUUAGCCUGUCCAUCUCUUUGCCUUCCCCUGCCUCUAUCUCUGUCUUUAGGCCUCUCCGUCCAUCUCUUUUUGCCUCCCUCCCUCUAUCUCUGUCUUUAGCCUGUCCAUCUCUUUGCCUUCCCCGUCCUCUAUCUCUGUCUUUAGCCUGUCCAUCUCUUUGCCUGUCCUAUCUCUGUCUUUUAACCUGUCCAUCUCUUUUGCCUUCCCCUGCCUCUAUCUCUGUCUUUAGGCCUGUCCAUCUCCAUUUGCCUUCCCCUCCUCUGUCUCUGUCUUUUGCCUGUCCCCUUUUGCCUCCCUCCGCCUCUCCUGUCCAUCUCUUUGCCUUCCCCGCCUCUAUCUCUGUCUUUAGCCUGUCCAUCUCUUUGCCUUCCCCGCCUCUAUCUCUGUCUUUAGCCUGUCCAUCUCUUUGCCUUCCCCGCCUCUAUCUCUUCUGUCCAUCUCUUUGUCCCUCUAUCUCUAUCUCUGUCUUUAGCCUGUCCAUCUCUUUUUGCCUCCUUGGCCUCUCCUUUAAUUGUCCAUCUAUCCUCCAUCUUUUUUCUUUAGCUCUAUCUCUUUCCUCUAUGUCUGUCCAUCCGUCUCUCUUUCUCUCUGUCUUUAGCCUGUCCAUCUCUUUUAUUCCCCUGCCUCUAUCUCUGUCUUUAGCCUGUCCAUCUCUUUGCCUUCCUGGCUAUCUAUCUCUGUCUUUAGCUGUCAUCUCUUUGGUCUUCCCCCGUUCUCUUUUUAGCCUCCAUCUAUCCUAUCUGUCUUUAGCCUGUCCAUCUUUUUUGCUCCAUCCCUCUAUGUCUCCUGUCCAUCUCUUUUGCCCCUCCGCCUCUAUCUCUGUCUUUAGCCUGUCCAUCUCUUUCUCUAUCUCUCCUGUCCUCUCCCAUUCCCGCCUCUAUCUCUGUCUUUCAUUAGCCCUGUCCAUCUCUUUUGCCUUUUGCCUCAAAUUCUAUCUCUCUUUUAUCCUGUCCAUCUCUUUUGCCUUCCUCGCCUCUAUCUCUGUCUUUAGCCUGUCCAUCUCUUUGCCUUCCCCUGCCUCUAUCUCUGUCUUUAGCCUGUCCAUCUCUUUGCCUUCCCCGCCUCUAUCUCUGUCUUUAGCCUGUCCAUCUCUUUGCCUUCCCCUCUCUGUCUCUAUUUCUGUCUUUAGCCUGUCCAUCUCUUUGCCUUCCCCCCUUCCUCUAUCUCUGUCUUUAGCCUGUCCAUCUCUUUGCCUCCCUCCGCCUCUAUCUCUGUCUUUAGCCUGUCCAUCUCUUUUGCCUCCAUCCGCAUUCCAUCUCUUUUUCCCUCUCCAUCUCUUUGUUCCCCUGUCUCUGUCUUUAGCCUGUCCAUCUCUUUGCUUCCCUCCCUCUAUCUCUGUCUUUAGCCUGUCCAUCUCUUUGCCUUCCCCCUCUCUAUCUCUGUCUUUAGCCUGUCCAUCUUUUGCCUCUUUUCUGUCUUUAGCCUGUCCAAUCUUUGCCUUCCCCCCCUCUAUCUCUCCUGUCCAUCUCUUUUGCCUUCCCCUGCCUCUAUCUCUGUCUUUAGCCUGUCCAUCUCUUUGCCUUCCCCUCCCUCUAUCUCUGUCUUUUAGCCUGUCCAUCUCUUUUUGCCUUCCCUGCCUCAUCUCUGUCUUUAGCCUGUCCAUCUCUUUGCUCCCUAUCUCUAUCUCUUCUUUAGCCUGUCCAUCUCUUUGCCUUCCCCCCUCUCUAUCUCUGUCUUUAGCCUGUCCAUCUCUUUUGCCUUCCCCUCUAUCUCUGUCUUUAGCCUGUCCAUCUCUUUUGCUUCCCUCCGCCUCUAUCUCUCCUGUCCAUCUCUUUGCCUUCCCCGCCUCUAUCUCUGUCUUUCCAUUAGCCUGUCCAUCUCUUUUUAGCCUCCAUCUCGUUCCCCGCAUCUCUCCUGUCCAUCUCUUUUUAUUUCCCCUCCUCUCUGUCUGUCCAUUUAGCUCUGUCCAUCUCUUUUUGACUUUCUCGCCUCUAAUUCUAUCUGUCUUUAUCCUGUCCAUCUCUUUGCCUUCCCCCGCCUCUAUCUCUGUCUUUAGCCUGUCCAUCUCUUUUUUUGGCUCCCCUGCCUCUAUCUCUGUCUUUAGCCUGUCCAUCUCUUUUUGCCUCCCUCCGCCUCUAUCUCUGUCUUUAGCCUGUCCAUCUCUUUGCCUUCCCCUCUCUAUCUCUGUCUUUAGCCUGUCCAUCUCUUUUGCCUUCCCCGCCUCUAUCUCUGUCUUUAGCCUGUCCAUCUCUUUUUUAACCUCCCCCGCCUCUAUCUCUGUCUUUAGCCUGUCCAUCUCUUUGCCUUCCGCCUCUAUCUCUCCUGUCCAUCUUUUGCCUUCCCCUGCCUCUAUCUCUGUCUUUAGCCUGUCCAUCUAUCUUUUUGCCUUUCCAUCUGCUCUAUCUCUCCUGUCCAUCUCCUUCCCUGCCUGCUCUGUCCCCUGUCCAUCUCUUUUUGCCUUCCCCGCCUCUAUCUCUGUCUUUAGCCUGUCCAUCUCUUUGCCUCCAUCCGCCUCUAUCUCUGUCUUUUGGCCUGUCCAUCUCUUUGCCUUCCCUGCCUCUAUCUCUCCUGUCCAUUUUUUGCCUCCAUCCCCCUCCACCUAUCUCUGUCUUUAUCUCUGUCCAUAUCUCUUUUCCCCCUAUCUCUGUCCAUCCUGUCCAUUUGCCUUCCCUCCUCUAUCUCUGUCUUUAGCCUGUCCAUCUCUUUUUGCCUUCCCCGCCUCUAUCUCUGUCUUUAGCCUGUCCAUCUCUUUGCCUCUUCCGCCUCUAUCUCUGUCUUUAGCCUGUCCAUCUCUUUUGCCUCCCCCACCUCUAUCUCUGUCUUUAGCCUGUCCAUCUCUUUGCCUUCCCUGCCUCUAUCUCUGUCUUUUAGCCUGUCCAUCUUUUUUGCCUUCCCUGCCUCUAUCUCUGUCUUUAGCCUGUCCAUCUCUUUUGCCUUCUCCGCCUCUAUCUCUCCUGUCCAUCUUUUGCCUUCCCCCACUCUUAUCUCUGUCCAUCCUGUCCAUCUUUGCCUUCCCUGCCUCUAUCUCUGUCUUUAGCCUGUCCAUCUAUUUUUUGCCUUCCCUGUCUAUCUCUGUAUUUAGCCUGUCCAUCUCUUUUGCCUUCCCUGCCUCUAUCUCUGUCUUUAGCCUGUCCAUCUCUUUUUUGCCUUCCCCCUGUCCUCUAUCUCUGUCUUUAGCCUGUCCAUCUCUUUGCCUUCCCCCCGCCUCUAUCUCUGUCUUUAGCCUGUCCAUCUCUUUGCCUUCCCCCCCCUCUAUCUCUGUCUUUAGCCUGUCCAUCUCUUUGCCUUUAGCCUCUAUCUCUGUCUUUAGCCUCCUGUCCAUCUCUUUGCCUUCCCCCGCCUCUAUCUCUGUCUUUAGCCUGUCCAUCUCUUUGUUCCAUCUCUCUCUGUCUUUAGCCUGUCCAUCUCUUUGCCUCCCUCCGCUUGCUUCUCUGUCUUUAGCCUGUCCAUCUCUUUGCCUUCCCCUGCCUCUAUCUCUCUUUCUCCAUCUGUUCCUUGCCUCUAUCUCUGUCUUUAGCCUGUCCAUCUCUUUGCCUUCCCCGCCUCUAUCUCUGUCUUUAGCCUGUCCAUCUUCUUUUUGCCUUCAUCCCUGCCUCUAUCCUGUCCAUCUCUUUGCCUUCCCCGCCUCUAUCUCUGUGUCUUUAGCCUGUCCAUCUUUUGCCUUCCCCGCCUCUAUCUCUCCUGUCCAUCUCUUUUUGCCUCCCCCGCCUCUAUCUCUGUCUUUAGCCUGUCCAUCUCUUUUGCCUCCCUCCGCCUCUAUCUCUGUCUUUAGCCUGUCCAUCUCUUUUGCCUUCCCCGCCUCUAUCUCUGUCUUUAGCCUGUCCAUCUCUUUUGCCUUCCCCUACGCCUCUAUCUCUCUGUCUUUAGCCUCCUGUCCAUCUCUUUGCCUCCCUCCGCCUCUAUCUCUGUCUUUAGCCUGUCCAUCUCUUUGCCUCCCUCCGCCUCUAUCUCUGUCUUUAGCCUGUCCAUCUCUUUGCCUUCCUCUAUCUCUGUCUUUUAGCCUGUUCUCUAUCUCUGUCUUUAACCUGUCCAUCUCUUUGCCUUUCCUAUCUGCCUCUAUCUCUCCUGUCCAUCUCUUUGCCUUCCUCCGCCUUUUAUCUCUGUCUUUAGCCUGUCCAUCUCUUUGGCCUUCCCCACCCUCUAUCUCUGUCUUUAGCCUCCGCCUCUAUCCUUUUGUCCAUCCAUCUCUUUUUAGCCUUCCAUCUCUUUUUCCUCCUCCUGUCCAUCUCUUUGCCUUCCCCUCAAAUUCUAUCUCUGUCUUUUACUAUGUCCAUCUCUUUUUCCUUCCCUCUUUGCCCGCAUCUAUCUCUGUCUUUAGCCUGUCCAUCUCUUUUUGCCUUCCCCCUCUAUCUCUGUCUUUAGCCUGUCCAUCUCUUUGCCUCCCUCCGCCUCUAUCUCUCCUUCCCUCUUUGCCUUCCCAACCUCUAUCUCUGUCUUUAGACUGUCCAUCUCUUUGCCUCCCCCGCCUCUAUCUCUCUCCUGUCCAUCUCUUUGCCUUCCCCGCCUCUAUCUCUGUCUCUUUAGCCUGUCCAUCUCUUUGCCUUCCCCCCUCUAUCUCUGUCUUUAGCCUGUCCAUCUCUUUUUGCCUUCCCCGCCUCUAUCUCUGUCUUUAUCCAUCUGCCUUCCCCCAUACUCUAUCUCUGUCUUUAGCCUGUCCAUCUCUUUGCCUUCCCUGCCUCUAUCUCUGUCUUUCUCUUUUGCCUUCCAUCUCUAUCUCUUCUUUAGCCUGUCCAUCUCCCUCCCCCUAUCUCUCCUGUCCAUCUCUUUGCCUUUUCUCCCCCGCCUCUAUCUCUGUCUUUAUCCUCCUGUCCAUCUCUUUGCCUUCCCCGCCUCUAUCUCUGUCUUUAGCCUGUCCAUCUCUUUGCCUCCCCUGCCUCUAUCCCUCUUUAGCCUGUCCAUCUCUCUUUGCAUUCCCUGCCUCUAUCUCUGUCUUUAGCCUGUCCAUCUCUUUGCCUUCCCCGCCUCUAUCUCUGUCUUUAGCCUGUCCAUCUCUUUUUGCCUUCCCCGCCUCUAUCUCUGUCUUUAGACUGUCCAUCUCUUUGCCUCCCCUGUUCCUCCCUCUAUCUCUGUCUUUAGCCUGUCCAUCACUUUUGCCCCCCUCUUUGUCUUUAGCUCCUGUCCAUCUCUUUGCCUUCCCGCCUCUAUCUCUGUCUUUAGCCUGUCCAUCUCUUUUGCCUUCCCCUAUCUCUCUGUCUUUAGCCUGUCCAUCUCUUUGCCUUCCGCCUCUAUCUCUGUCUUUUAGGCCUGUCCAUCUCUUUGCCUUCCCUGCCUCUAUCUCUGUCUUUAGCCUGUCCAUCUCUUUGCCUUCCCCGCCUCUAUCUCUGUCUUUGGGCCUGUCCAUCUCUUUGCCUUCCCUGCCUCUAUCUCUGUCUUUAGCCUGUCCAUCUCUUUGCCUUUUCCCUGUCCAUCUCUUUGCCUGUCUAUCUCUGUCUUUAGCCUGUCCAUCUCUUUGCCUUUCCCUGCCUCUAUCUCUGUCUUUAGCCUGUCCAUCUCUUUGCCUUCCCCCCUAUAUCUCUGUCUUUAGCCUGUCCAUCCCCGCCUCUAUCUCUGUCUUUAGCCUGUCCAUCUCUUUGCCUCUAUCCGCCUCUCCUGUCCAUCUCUUUGCCUCCCCCCGCCUCUAUCCCUUUUCUCUGUCUUUAGCCUGUCCAUCUCUUUUUUGCCUUCCCCAGCCUCUAUCUCUGUCUUUGUCCAUCUCUUUGCCUCCCUCCAUCUCUUUUUGCCUUCCCCGCCUCUAUCUCUGUCUUUUUAGCCUGUCCAUCUCUUUUGCUUCCCCUGCCUCUAUCUCUGUCUUUAGCCUGUCCAUCUCUUUGCCUUCCCCGCCUCUAUCUCUGUCUUUAGCCUGUCCAUCUUUUUGCCUCCCGCCUCUAUCUCUGUCUUUAGCCUGUCCAUCUCUUUGCCUUCCCCUGCCUCUAUCUCUCCUGUCCAUCUUUUUGCCCUAUCCCUGUCCAUCUAUCUCUGUCUUUAGCCUGUCCAUCUCUUUGCCUUGUCCCUCUCCGCCUCUAUCUCUGUCUUUAGCCUGUCCAUCUCUUUUUUCCCCUGCCUCUAUCUCUGUCUUUAGCUCCAUCUCUUUGCCUUCCCCCCUGCCUAUCUCUCCUGUCCAUCUCUUUUGCAUUUCCUCUCUAUCUCUGUCUUUAGCCUGUCCAUCUCUUUUGCCUUCCCCUUGCCUGUCCAUCUCUUUAUCUAUCUCUGUCUUUAGCCUGUCCAUCUUUUUGCCUUCCCCCUACCUCUUAUCUCUGUCUUUAGCCUCCUGUCCAUCUCUUUUGCCUUCCCAUCUGCCUUCUAUCUCUGUCUUUAGCCUGUCCAUCUCCUUUGCCUCUAUCUCUGUCUUUAGCCUGUCCAUCUCUUUUUGCCUUCCCCUGCCUCUAUCUCUGUCUUUAGCCUGUCCAUCUUUUUUUCUCGCCUUCCCUUUAUCCUGUCCAUCUUUUGGCUCUCUGUCUUUAGCCUGUCCAUCUCUUUGCCUUCCCGCCUCUAUCUCUGUCUUUAGUCCCAUCUGCCUUCCAUCUAUCUCUGUCUUUAGCCUGUCCAUCUCUUUGCCCCCGCCUCUAUCUCUGUCUUUAGCCUGUCCAUCUCUUUGCCUUCCCCCCUCUAUCUCUCUGUCUAUCUCUUUCCCUCCGCCUCUAUCUCUGUCUUUAGCCUGUCCAUCUCUUUUGCCUUCCCCCGCCUCUAUCUCUGUCUUUCCAUCCUCCCCCGCCUCUAUCUCUGUUUUAGCCUUCCAUCUUUUUUCCCCUGCCUCUCUAUCUCUGUCUUUAGCCUGUCCAUCUCUUUUUUGCCUUCCUUUAUCUCUGUCCAUCUCUUUCCAUCUCUUUGCCUUCCCCCCUCUAUCUCUGUCUUUAGCCUGUCCAUCUUUUUUGCUUGCCUUCACCUGCUCUAUCUCUGUCUUUAGCCUGUCCAUCUCUUUGCCCCCCGCCUCUCCUGUCCAUCUCUUUGCCUCCCCCCCCUCUGUCUCUGUCUUCUGUCCAUUUAGCCUGUCCAUCUCUUUUGCCUUCCCACCUCUAUCUCUGUCCAUCUUAGCCUGUCCAUCUCUUUUGCCUUCCCCCGCCUCUAUCUCUCCUGUCCUCCGCCUCUAUCUCUGUCUUUUAGCCUGUCCAUCUCUUUUUGCCUCCCCCCUGCUCUAUCUCUGUCUUUUGUCUUUAGCCUGUCCAUCUCCUUUUGCCUUCCCCUUCCUCCAUCUAUCUCUGUCUUUAGCCUGUCCAUCUCUUUUUAGCCUGUCCAUCUUUGCCCUCCUGUCCAUCUCUUUGCCUCCUCCUUUGCCUCUAUCUCUGUCUUUAGCCAUGUCCAUCUCUUUUGCCUUCCAUCUCUUUGCCCCCCCCUCUAUCUCUCCUGUCCAUCUCUUUGCCUCCCCAUCUUUGCCUUCCCCGCCUCUAUCUCUGUCUUUAGCCUGUCCAUCUCUUUGCCUUCCCCACCUCUAUCUCUUUAGCUGUCUGUGUCUUUCCCAUUUUGCCUCUGCCUCAUCUCUGUCUUUAGCCUGUCCAUCUCUUUUGCCUUCCCCCGCCUCUAUCUCUGUCUUUAGCCUGUCCAUCUCUUUGCCUUCCCCUGCCUCUAUCUCUGUCUUUAGCCUGUCCAUCUCAUUGCCUUCCCCGCCUCUAUCUCUGUCUUUAGCCUGUCCAUCUUUUUGCCUUCCCUGCCUCUAUCUGUCUUUAGCCUGUCCAUCUCUUUGCCUUCCCCUGCCUCUAUCUCUGUCUUUAGCCUGUCCAUCUCUUUGCCUUCCCCCUGCCUCUAUCUCUGUCUUUAGCCUGUCCAUCUCUUUUGCCUUCCCCGCCUCUAUCUCUGUCUUUAGCCUGUCCAUCUCUUUUGCUCCCCCUGCCUCUAUCUCUGUCUUUAGCCUGUCCAUCUCUUUUUGCCUUCCCCUGCCUCUAUCUCUGUCUUUAGCCUGUCCAUCUCUUUGCCUUCCCCUCCCUCUAUCUCUGUCUUUAGCCUGUCCAUCUCUUUGCCUUUUCCCCUCUCUAUCUCUGUCUUUUAGCCUCCUGUCCAUAUCUCUGUCUUUAGCCUGUCCAUCUCUUUUGCCUUCCCUAUCUCUAUCUCUGUCUUUAGUCCUGUCCAUCUCUUUUUUGCCUUCCCUGCCUCUAUCUCUGUCUUUAGCCUCCUGUCCAUCUCUUUGCCUUCCCCUGCCUCUAUCUCUGUCUUUAGCCUGUCCAUCUCUUUUGCCUUCCCUUUUGCCCUCUAUCUCUGUCUUUAGCCUGUCCAUCUCUUUGCCUUCCCUGCCUCUAUCUCUGUCUUUAGCCUGUCCAUCUCUUUUGCUUCCCCCUCCUCUAUCUCUGUCUUUAGCCUCGCCUCUAUCUCUGUCUUUAGCCUGUCCAUCUCUUUUGCCUUCUGCCUCUAUCUCUGUCUUUAGCCUGUCCAUCUCUUUGCCUCCCUCCGCCUCUAUCUCUGUCUUUAGCCUGUCCAUCUCUUUGCCUUCCCCGCCUCUAUCUCUCCUGUCCAUCUCUUUGCCUCCCUCCGCCUCUAUCUCUGUCUUUAGCCUGUCCAUCUCUUUGCCUUCCCCGCCUCUAUCUCUGUCUUUAGCCUGUCCAUCUCUUUUUAGCCUUCCCUCUUUGCCUCUAUCUCUGUCUUUAGCCUGUCCAUCUCUUUUGCCUCCCCCGCCUCUCCUGUCCAUCUCUUUGCCUUCCCCCGCCUCUAUCUCUGUCUUUUUAGCCUGUCCAUCUUUUGCCUUCCCCGCCUCUAUCUCUGUCUUUAGCCUGUCCAUCUCUUUGCCUCCCUCCGCCUCUAUCUCUCCUGUCCAUCUCUUUGCCUUGCCUCUCUCCCCUGUCCAUCUAUCUCUGUCUUUAGCCUGUCCAUCUCUUUGCCUUCCCCCGCCUCUAUCUCUGUCUUUUAGCCUGUCCAUCUCUUUUUUGCCUUCCCCGCCUCUAUCUCUGUCUUUAGCCUGUCCAUCUCUUUGCCUUCCCUCUCCGCCUCUAUCUCUGUCUUUAGCCCAUGUCCAUGUCUUUGCCUUCCCUGCCUCUAUCUCUCCUGUCCAUCUCUUUGCCUUCCCCGCCUCUAUCUCUGUCUUUAGCCUGUCCAUCUCUUUGCCUUCCCCCUCUCUGUCCUAUAUCUCUGUCUUUAGCCUGUCCAUCUCUUUGCCUUCCCUGCCUCUAUCUCUGUCUUUAGCCUGUCCAUCUCUUUGCCUCCCCCGCCUCUAUCUGUCUUUAGCUCCUGUCCAUCUCUUUGCCUUCCCCGCCUCUAUCUCUGUCUUUAGCCUGUCCAUCUCUUUGCCUUCCCCGCCUCUAUCUCUGUCUUUAGCCUGUCCAUCUCUUUGCCUCCUCUGUCCCUGUCCAUCUAUCUCUGUCUUUAGCCUGUCCAUCUCUUUGCCUUCCCCUCCUCUAUCUCUCCUGUCCAUCUCUUUGCCUCCCUCCGCCUCUAUCUCUGUCUUUAGCCUGUCCAUCUCUUUUGCCUUCCCCCUGCCUCUAUCUCUGUCUUUAGCCUCCUGUCCAUCUCUUUGCCUUCCUCCCCUCUAUCUCUGUCUCUGUCAUUUUAGCCUGUCCAUCUCUUUGCCUCCUCCGCCUCUUCUCUCUGUCUGUCCAUCUCUUUGCCUUCCCCUGCCUCUAUCUCUGUCUUUAGCCUGUCCAUCUCUUUGCCUUCCCCCUGCCUCUAUCUCUGUCUUUAGCCUCCUGUCCAUCUUUUUGUCUUUCCCGCCUCUAUCUCUGUCUUUUAGCCUGUCCAUCUUUUGCCUUCCCCCUCUAUCUCUAUCUUUAGCUGUCCAUCUUUUUUGCCUUCCCCCGCCUCUAUCUCUGUCUUUAGCCUCCUGUCCAUCUCUUUUGCCUCCCCUGCCUCUAUCUCUGUCUUUUAGCCUGUCCAUCUUUUGCCUUCCCUCCGUUCUAUCUCUGUCUUUAGCCUGUCCAUCUCUUUGCCUUCCCCUGCCUCUAUCUCUGUCUUUAGCCUGUCCAUCUCUUUUGCCUUCCCCCGCCUCUAUCUCUGUCUUUAGCCUGUCCAUCUCUUUGCCUUCCCCCGCCUCUAUCUCUGUCUUUAGCCUGUCCAUCUCUUUUUCCGCCUUCCCCCAUCUAUCUCUGUCUUUUGCCUGUCCAUCUCUUUUGCCUUCCCUGCCUCUAUCUCUGUCUUUAGCCUGUCCAUCUCUUUGCCUAUCUCUGUCUUUAGCCUCCUGUCCAUCUCUUUGCCUCCCUCCCGCCUCUAUCUCUGUCUUUAGCCUGUCCAUCUCUUUCUCUGUCCCAUCUUUUGCCUCCCUCCUCUGUCUAUCUCUGCCUUCCCCCGCCUCUAGCCUCCUGUCCAUCUCUUUGCCUUCCCCGCCUCUAUCUCUGUCUUUAGCCUGUCCAUCUCUUUUCCCUCCCUCCUUCCCCCAUCUCUUUUUUCUCGCCUCUAUCUCUGUCUUUAUCCUGUCCAUCUCUUUGCCUGUCCUCUAUCUCUGUCUUUUAGCCUGUCCAUCUCUUUGCCUUCCCCCAUCUCUAUCUCUGUCUUUAGCCUGUCCUGUCCAUCUCUUUUGCCUCUCCCCUGCCUCUAUCUCUGUCUUUAGCCUGUCCAUCUCUUUGCCUUCCCCUCCUCUAUCUCUGUCUUUAGCCUCCUGUCCAUCUCAUUGCCUUCCCCGCCUCUCUGUCUUUAACCUGUCCAUCUCUUUGCUUCCCCUGCCUCUAUCUCUGUCUUUAGCCUCCUGUCCAUCUCUUUGCCUUCCCCUCCUCUCUGUCUCUAUCUCUGUCCAUUUUUGCCUGUCCAUCUCUUUGCCUUUAGCCCCUCUGCCUCUAUCUCUCCUGUCCAUCUCUUUUGCCUUCCCCUCUGCCUCUAUCUCUGUCUUUAGCCUGUCCAUCUCUUUGCCUCCCUCCGCCUCUAUCUCUGUCUUUAGCCUGUCCAUCUCUUUGCCUUCCCCGCCUCUAUCUCUGUCUUUAGCCUGUCCAUCUCUUUGCCUUCCGCCUCUAUCUCUGUCUUUAGCCUGUCCAUCUCUUUGCCUUCCCCGCCUCUAUCUCUGUCUUUUAGCCUGUCCAUCUCUUUUGCCUCCCUCUCUGCCUCUAUCUCUGUCUUUAGCCUGUCCAUCUCUUUGCCUUCCCCAUCUCUUUGCCUGUCCAUCUCUUUUUGCCUUCCCCCUCUCUGUCUUUAGUCUUUGUCCAUCUCUUUGCCUCCCUCCGCCUCUAUCUCUGUCUUUAGCCUGUCCAUCUCUUUUGCCUUCCCCCGCCUCUAUCUCUGUCUUUAGCCUGUCCAUCUCUUUUUGUCUUCCCCCUGCCUCUAUCUCUGUCUUUAGCCUGUCCAUCUCUUUGCCUUCCCUGCCUCUAUCUCUGUCUUUAGCCUCCUGUCCAUCUCUUUUGCCUUCCUGCUCUCUAUCUCUGUCUUUUAGCCUGUCCAUCUUUUUUGCCUCCCCCGCCUCUAUCUCUGUCUUUAGCCUGUCCAUCUCUUUUUGCCUCCCUCCCCUCUAUCUCUGUCUCUAUCUCUGUCCAUCUUUAGCCUGUCCUUUUGCUCUGUCCAUCUCUUUUGCCUUGCCCGCCUCUAUCUCUGUCUUUAGCCUGUCCAUCUCUUUGCCCCUCCUAUCUCUGUCUUUUUGCCUCCAUCUCUUUUUGCCUCCCUCCCUUCCCCCGCCUCUAUCUCUGUCUUUAGCCUGUCCAUCUCUUUGCCUUCCCCCUGCCUCUAUCUCUGUCUUUAGCCUGUCCAUCUCUUUUGCCUUCCCCCUGCCUCUAUCUCUGUCUUUAGCCUGUCCAUCUUUUUGCCUCCCUCCGCCUCUAUCUCUGUCUUUAGCCUGUCCAUCUCUUUGCCUUCCCCGCCUCUAUCUCUCCUCUAUCUCUGUCUUUAGCCUGUCCAUCUCUUUGCCUUCCCUGCCUGUCUCUCUCUCUGUCUUUAGCCUGUCCAUCUCUUUGCCUCCCUCCGCCUCUAAGUCUGUCUUUAUCCUGUCCAUCUCUUUUGCUCCCCCGCCUCUAUCUUUGUAUGUCUUUAGCAACUCCUUCUCUUUGUCUCCCCCGCCUCUAUCUCUGUCGGUCUUUGCCUCAACCGUCUGUAUCUCUUUGGCUACUCGAUCCCUGCCUGACUUUGUCAUUUUUAUUUUCCAAUAG